UUGGAGCCGGAGUAACCCCGGGGAGGCCGGCUCAGCGUCGCCCUGCGCUUUGCAAUCCGAGAAGGCGGGCCUCGCACAGAAAACCCGGAGAGAAGCGGCGCCGGGGCAGCAGCCGGGCGAUGGUGCGCGGAGCUGGGCAGCCGCCAAGCCGCCCUCGGAGCGGGGCCGGGAGGGCCGCCACCUGCCGCGGCUGCGCCUGCCGCCUCGGAGAAGUAGCCUCGGGCGGCGCCCCGCGUUUGAUCAAGGCUCCUUGAACUGAAGUCUGGAGAAUCACAUGUAUAUCUCAUACUUGCAGUGAAAUCAUGGCUACCAAUGAUAAAGUAGCUAUCUUAACUGACGAUGAAGAAGAGCAGAAGAGAAAAUAUGUGCUCGCUGAUCCUUUCAGCGGGAUUCCCAAGGAGCAAGACCUCCAAACCCAAAGUGAUACUCCUUCAACUGAAACCACUACUAUUCCAGACGAAGAGCUUGAUUGGCUUGAAAGACACUGCGUGAAAGUGAAUAAUGAUCUCUUGAUCUCAAAAGUUUUUUAUUUUUUCUUUUAUGCUGCUUAUGGUUCCUUGUACCCGUUGCUUCCUGUAUACUACAAACAACUAGGCAUGACUCCCAGCCAGAGCGGACUCCUAGUAGGGAUUAGAUACUUCAUUGAAUUUUGCAGCGCUCCGUUUUGGGGAGUGGUAGCAGAUCGCUUUAAAAAGGGAAAAGUUGUUCUUCUCUUCUCCCUAUUAUGCUGGGUGCUGUUUAACUUGGGAAUUGGAUUUGUUAAACCAGCAACCUUAAGGUGUACGCUAAAGAAACCUAUCCCCGUUGCCCCUACCAAUGCCAGUCACUUUACAGCAGCAUCCCCACAAAAUAUCUCCAUUUCUUCUGUCUUGCCCACUCUGGGAAGUACAAUAACAAAGGGUCGAGGGAAAAGAAAUUUGCUGACUUACAACUUGCCAACUCUGAGCUCAGCUUUGUCCACAAAUCCUAAAACUACCUUUUCUCCAACUAUUCAAAAUGGAGCUAGGAAACAUGCUUUAAAAGAAGAGGGCACAACUGUAGCCAGCACCCCAAAAGGUAUUGUUACUGUGGGUCUGUUGGGAAACACCAGUCACACAACGGCAUCACCUAGAGUCACCACAAAAUCAGCCCCUCCUGCCCAUUUUGCUCUUGUGUAUGAUCAUGAGGAAGUUGAAGCGAUCUUCUUGCUCAUCCUCCUUGUUGUGAUUGUGGGAGAGUUUUUCAGUGCCUCCUCAGUUACUAUAGUAGACACCGUGACUCUGCAGUAUCUUGGCAAACACCGGGACCGUUAUGGGCUACAACGAAUGUGGGGAUCUCUGGGCUGGGGACUGGCUAUGCUGUCGGUGGGCAUUGGCAUUGACAAUACCCGUAUUGAUGUGCUCAUUGAAGGCCAAGGCUGUAAGUCUCCAGACUACAAGAACUACAGGAUCGUUUUCAUAGUCUUUGGAGUCUUGAUGACGCUCUCUUUGAUUGUGGCCACCCAGUUCAGGUUCCGGUACAAUCACUACAAGCAAGAGGAAACCCAAAGCCCAGAGCCAGAGGAUUCCCACUUGGACAGAAACUCUUCCACAGAUUCCUCCCAUGACACUCAGAGUGAUACAAGCCAGUCCCAGACUUUUAAUUUUUGGCACUUGAUUAAGCUGCUCUGCAGUAUCCAGUAUGGCUCAGUGCUGUUUGUGGCGUGGUUUAUGGGUUUUGGAUAUGGCUUUGUGUUCACCUUCCUUUAUUGGCACCUGGAAGAUCUGAAUGGCACCACCACGCUCUUUGGCGUUUGCUCUGUUUUAAGUCACAUCUCUGAACUGACGGCAUAUUUCUUCAGCCACAAGCUGAUUGAGCUGAUUGGUCACAUCAGAGUCCUGUAUAUUGGUCUUGCCUGCAAUACAGCUCGUUAUAUUUACAUCUCCUAUCUAGAAAAUGCUUGGACUGUUUUGCCUAUGGAAGUCCUUCAAGGUGUAACCCAUGCAGCCAUCUGGGCAGCUUGCAUUUCCUAUCUAAGCGCUGCGGUGCCUCCGGAACUGAGGACGUCAGCCCAAGGGAUCUUGCAGGGCCUUCACCUUGGCCUGGGUAGAGGAUGCGGAGCAAUGAUUGGUGGAGUGUUGGUCAAUUAUUUUGGAGCAGCCUCAACCUUCAGAGGGAUAGGAAUGGCUUUUCUUGUCAUCCUCUUGCUUUUUGCUUUGAUUCAGUGGGUGGCAGUUCAGGAUGAGAAAGAAGAAAAGACCAUGCUGGCUGAAAGGAUCCCAGUGCCUUCAAGUCCGGUGCCCAUUGCCACGAUUGAUCUGGUACAACAGACUGAAGAUAUUAUGCCUCGCCCGUUGCCCAAGCUUCCUGCCAAAAAGACCAAGCACCAAGAAGAGCAGGAAGAUGUACACAAGCCUGCUUGGGGUGUCAGUUCUUCACCCUGGGUUACUUUAGCCUAUGCUCUUUAUCAGAUAAAAGAGAUGGUUCAGCUCUCCAAAACCAAUCAGGCACUCGAAAACCAGCCUUUGCAGAAUGCCAGCAGUAAUCAUGAUUCCAUACCAGAUAGUCCUCUGGAUCAAAGACCUGAUGGUUCAGUGGUAGAACCUUCAGUACCUACAGCUACCCUUGAAAACCACCCCAGUUUGGACUGCCCUGUUCCUUCGGAAAGCAGAGCUCAGUCUCCUGAGAGGAGGCACGAAUAGGACUUUUCUUGAAUCCAGCUCGCGGCACUGAAUACUGCUCUUGGCAAUCAGAAAUAGACUGACGUGGGAGUUUGAGGCCUCACUUCUUGGCAAUAGUAACCUGAUACAGCCAAAGCUUUUAAAAUAUUUAAUGCCUUUUCUGUGACAAACCUGAGGCCUGUUGCAGGAACAAUUUGGAAGGCUAAGCAAAAGCGGCCGGGUUAAUAACUAGCAAAGGAUCACGCUAUUUCAUCUAAAGUUGUUUUUUUCCCCACCUGAAUGGAAGUGUUGUAAACAAACACAUCUGAUUGUCUUCAUAAUUUUCUGGAUUGUAAUUAAUUUUCACGGACAAAACCCCCCGCCAUUCAGUUCCAUUUCUUCUUGCUUAAUGCACUUGAACAUUUUAAUUCAAUAUUAGGGAAAGGGAAGACAAGAGCUCAUAGCAGUUUUUCUUAGACAGUGAUUAUUUAUUAUGAGGUGCAGGCUUCCCUAGAGCAGUUCUGUAACCUACCGAAACUUUAGAGAAAAUACAAUAGUUAAAUACGGAAAUGAAGGAAGGAGCCACAUAGAAUUCUGUCUUUUGUAAAGACUUCUCAGAGAUGCUGAAGAACUUUUGGCUGGUAAAGUUCUACAUGAAGCAUUUGCUAAAGCCUUCCUAACCAGACAAGUGGCAUUUAUGUUGCUAUGGCCAGGCCAGAGCGCAUUAGCAUUUUAGAAAGAACCAGAACAAGAAAAUGUGAUUGUCCAUAACCCUGCAAGAACAGGAUAUGGGUUGAGAUGUGUGGUGUUGUGUUUGAAGACCUGAACUGUGAGAGUACAGUUGGAAAAUACUAAUGAUUUUAUAUGGGAUGAAUUUGCCCUAAUCACUGAAGAGGGAUUGUCCUACAGAAGCAAUCUAUGUGGAUUCUUUUUUGCCUCUGGUGUAUGUGAUAGGGGAACAUGACUCCUUCACCUCAGACAGAUCCGAGAAGUUCCUACUUGUGUAACACAAUAACAACAAAGGGUCAGAAAUGUCCAGCUUUAUUAGAUUUUUGGGAGUGGUGAUGCUGAUAACACUUCCCUAACCAGGGCCUGCAGUCUGUUCUGAAAACCGGCAAUGAGAGGAUGUUUAGCAGCAGGCAUAUAUAUCAGCUGCUUCUUGAGAAGUUUUCUUAGCCAGGCCGAUAUAGUUUAUUUUACGAUAGAAUAUGUUUAUUUAAGGGGAAAGGGAAUAAAACUUUAUAGAAUAUAUUUAAAGUGCCUGUGGAUUGGGAAGGGGUAUAAAUCCUAAUUAUUGUAUAGGAAAGGAAGACAUAGUUAAUAAUAAAAGCAGCUAGAAGAAAAAAAUGGAUAUUGAUCAUGUUGUCUUAGCACUACUUUGUCAAGACGUUGACAGAUUCGGAUUUGACAUUUCACAUUUCACUGAAUUGAACUCAGUUCCCGUACAUUCUUUGUUAUUAUAGCUGAAGGAAAACGUUAGAAUCAAUUUUGUAGCACUUAGGCUUCAAGCAUAUACUCUAUAUCAAACUUAGCCUUCCUUUAGAGGAGUCCCAUUCAUGCGUGGUUUGCCCAGAUGGUUUUUGACUUCUGCCAGCCAGUGGGAUGCCAUUUAUGCCCCAGGGGGUGGUGUGGCUCAUAGAAUUAAAUUUCAGAUACUUGAUUUUGAAUGCAGAAUAUAGAAUACCUUAAGAUAGAUGUUAAGGGUGUUUUCCUUACAUAAGCCUUAAGGGACUAUAACAAUCUGUACCUGGGACCAAAUAUUGGCAAGUAGUUAUUAGCUAUUUUUUGCACUUCAACUUAAAUGUACUGUAAAUUUCUCUUGACUUGUUUAAGUGACCUUUAAAAAUAAAAUCAGAAAUCUAUUUAUUAUAUGUUUAUACUGCAGAGGGAAGGAAGGAAAUGAAUUUUUUUUUAAAAAACAAAGUAGACUGAAAAUGUUUAUUUAAAAACAGACGGUGGAUCCUUUAGAUGAACUUAUCUGAAGUCUACAUGAUUAACGCUCUGGUAAUAACUGUUAAUGUUGGAUAUCUGAGUUGUAAGGCAUUGAACUUGCACAUUAUGUUUACUUAUCCAACCUGCCUGUCAAAUCGGUUCCUUCCUUGUUUGUGAAUGGGCUGUAGACGGCUCUUGUAUUUGUGAAAUUGUUAAAAUGUAGUGAGAUAAAUAAAAUUCCAUGUAUAUGUCAAAAAUGUCAUGUCCCGUUAAAAA